AUGGCAGAUUCCGACGAAGAAUAUCUUGGGGGGGUUUCCGAGGACGAGAACGAGGGUAACAUUCAUCAUGGACCGCGAGGGGACACGGCACCUCGCCCAAAGAGAAAGAGACAGCGUGGAGGCGCGGAAUGGGAAGUCUCCCGGACCUGGGAGUCCUUGGUGGAGAGCGCAGAUGGCACCAUCAGCUCGGCUGUUGACGGACUACUUGAGGCUGGAAAAAGGAAGAGGCUUUUGAGGGACACGACGCCGCUGCAACGAGGCAUUAUCCGCCACCUAGUUUUAAUUCUCGACCUCUCGCAGUCCAUGGUGGAAAAGGAUCUCCGGCCAACGCGAUAUCUUCUUACGCUCCGGUACGCACAAGAGUUUGUCAAGGAGUUUUUUGAACAAAAUCCAAUCUCACAGCUUGCCGUUCUCGGCCUGCGCGACGGCCUUGCGACUCGCAUAAGUGACAUGAGCGGAAACCCUACGGAACACAUUAGUUCGAUACAAGUUCUAAGGGAUCAAGACCCUAAAGGCCUUCCUAGCAUUCAAAAUGGGCUUGAAAUGGCUCGCGGUGCUCUUUUUCACACUCCAAGUCACGGCACCCGCGAGAUUCUCCUCAUAUUCGGCUCCCUCCUUUCCUCCGAUCCCGGCGAUAUCCAUGAAACAACAAAUAUCCUCAUAAAUGAUAAUAUACGGGUCUGUAUUGUCGGCCUAGCCGCCCAGGUUGCCAUCUGCCGCGAACUUUGCGUGAAAACCAAUGGCGGCGACGACUCUACAUAUGGUGUUGCGCUCGAUGAGCAACAUUUCCGGGAAUUGAUGAUGGAUGUUACAACGCCGCCCGUAACAUAUUCCCAAAAGCAGUCCAAAAGCUCACUCCUUAUGAUGGGGUUCCCUUCUCGUACUGAGAAGGAGAAGGAGAAGGAGAAGGAGAAGAAGAAGAAGAAGAAGAAUGAUAAGAUGAUGAGUCCUGAAUACAUCUCCUUACAAAGCCCAGAUGAGCACGAUCCUGUAAAGCGUAUCAACUUCUACCCCGCACGUUUUGCCUUUGUCGGAACCAGUUCCCCACAUACGUCAGUCGACUCGGCCUCGGCUGUGAGUUUAUUUCCCUGCGAUCUUGAACCUCUACUCCGUACACACACCACUGCAGCCGACCGAAGAAGCAAUUCAUGCCGCAAUAAAAAGUCGGUUCUAUUCUCAACAAUCGCCUCUUACCGUCCCGUCCUUGGACUUGCAUGUUUGCCCUUCAAGUUGAUCUUUAUUCACUCAAUGGACUCUCAGCCGCUCUCACAAUCCCCUUCGAGUCAACCUCCAGGCUGUACUCCGGCGCCCGAGGACACGGUGUCGAGGUUCCAACCCUCGACAAUUGAGCAAUUUAAGAAACUGGGCACGUACCGGUUUAGUGACGAUCCUGAGUUUUCUCAAGGCUUAUCAGUGAUACUCGGUCACCCUGAUGUUCCUGUGACCGAAACGGAACUCCUCCGCCAAGAUGACCUAGUCCUGCAGGCAAAAUGUUUUUACUAUUCAAGAAAAGAGAGGCUUGCGGAGCCGUUGAAUUUUCAAGAUUACAAGGCUUGGCUACAAGGGUCGUCACCUUCAGCAAGAUCUCCAGGUCCAUGUGAGACUAAGACUAUGCCCGAGCAAAUAAAUCCUCGCACGAAGCAGGAAUCGGCACAUACACAGGGGGAUCCUUCGUACCCCUCCUCGUUUGCGCAUAUAGUCGAUCUCAUCACCUCCGGCCAACCGAUUCCUGGCAUCCAGCAAAUUCCAGACACCGUCUUAAUGGGCCAUGACACCCCGAGUACCAAGCCAAAGAGACGCAAGCCGUGGGAAAAGGAGAGCCAGUGA